GACUGCGCCUAUCAGAAAGUCUUGCUUGCUCUCUUGUGACUUUUGUGAUGCAAGAUCACAGCAGAUGAAUCCAGCUCGUCCAGCCCCCACCAAAUCUAUGCCAAAUCCCAUCCUGCUGCCUGGUCCAGAGGUGCAGACAAGAACACCAGACGGACAUCUCUGGUGUUUGCAGCGCGCAGACAUCUUCGAUCUCGCGUUUGUAUCACGAUAGCAAAGCUACCAUGGCUACAAGAUCCUCCUUUCUCCCACAGCUCUCCCUUGCCAAGAAUGGCAACGACAACUCCUCCAUCCUCCCCACCUACAACGAUACAUCGCGGUAUGCGACCCUACACGACCACAGCAGCGAGUACGACCUAGACGAACUAUCCCCCCGCGCCGAGGACGGUCUUCUACCCUCCGAAUUUCGCGACCCCAACUCCCCGCCGUAUAAUGCUCCCUCGUCGAAAUUCUCUAGCAACCGCAAGCCUACCGGCGCGCUGAACAGACGCCCCUCCAACUCAUCCCUCGGCUCGGCCUCCAAGACGCGCCCCGCUGGCGAGCGAGUGUUGUUUUCCGGCCCACCACCACCGAUCGCUGUAUCCAGGGUCCUGUCUCGCGAUGAAGAGCAGCAGCGUGGUUAUGAUCAAUAUGAGGACGAUGAAGACAGCACCACCGGGCUUGCGGCGUCCUGGCUCCCAGGGUCUGCGAGACGGGCAAUCAGCAGCGUGAUGUGGGACAGGGGGGAGAAUCGAUCGACACAUGAUCGCGGCGAGAAGGCUGUAGCCUUUGAUCGCAACUCUGUCUGGCGCAGCCUGGCAAGACGGGAGAGAGCCGUUGUCGCGGAAGUGCAGCGGUUUUUACAGGUGCAGGAGGGAAGCCUGGCGGGUGCCAGCAAUGAUGGUGAUCGGCUGGCAAGGGAACAAGGUGCGAAGUCCCCGGAUACUGCAAGUUUCAGCGAUGCAGGAAGUGUCACGCCUACAGGGAUGGGCGCCGCCUCAAUGGUCUCAUCGCGCCACCCGGGACGAUCAGUUACGUUUCUUGAGCCUGUCGCCCGCGCUGGACCUGGUGGCGAGGUCAUUCCUGUCCGACAACCAAGACAGAAAAGGCUUGGAAUAACCGGCGCACGCAAGGGCAUUGCGCGCAGCAUGGCCGAGCUUGCAAACUUAAAAGCCGAAGAGGAUGCCUCGCUCCUUGCUGCCCUCUCCAUCCGGAAGCAGGCACUCGCGAGGUUGCGAAAUCUGACCACGAGGAGGGACGGGAUUGCGGACGAGCUCAAUGCUCUGGAGACGGACGAGGAAGAGCCACUCGGGAGGGAAAUUGAAGACCUCGAGAAUGAACACAGAGGCGUUAGCACCGAAAUUGACGAGCUGGAAGAGAGGCUUGCCGCGCUGAAAAGCCGUAGGCGGCACCUAGAGGGUAGAUUAGACGACGUGAGAAACCGGCGAGAGGCCGGGCUGAGCGGGUACAAAAAUGCUUUGAAAGAAGCAGAAGACACGGUCAAAGGCUUCUUGACUCGACCUCCUGUGAGGCCACUGGACGUGGAAGCAUUGGCCGAAAAUACCAAAGCUGCAGAUCAGCCUUCCUCACCGGGUGGUGUGGAGUUUAUGCGCUUGCGCCCAGAACGGCGCACAAUGGAUAUGGCCCGCGAAUGGUGGGAGGCUGAGGUUGACAUCCUGGAGAAACGCAAAGCAGAAGUCGAUAUUGAGCGCGUCGCCCUCGAGGCAGGCGGCGAGGUCUGGAAUGAAGUCGUCAACCUCGUGCUGGAUUUUGAGGCCGACCUCCGCAGGCAAAUGUCACCGAGAGAUGAUCGCCCUGGUUCGGAGCUCGACAUCCAAGGCAAGGGCAAAGAGCGCGAACUCACACCCGCUGAGAGACUGAAGCUUCAGUAUGAUAAGAUCAACGCCGUAAUUGUCAGCCUCGAGCAGCGGCUUGGUGCCGCCGAAGAGAAAGGGUGGAAUCUGCUCAUUGCGGCGAUCGGUGCCGAGCUGGAGGCGUUUAGAGAGGCCGCGAGGAUGAACCGCGAGAUGCUCACGGCUGCUGGUGUUGCGGUGGAUGAGGCCCCCAGUGCGGUCCCGGGAGCUGGGAACGUUGCUAGGGUGGAUUCUGGCACUACCACAGGGAGCCACAACUCAUUUCACACCUCCGUUGAAAGUGACAACGAGGUCCCACCUGAGCUGUUGGCGACGCACGACGAGGAGCACAACGUGAAUGAGCAGUCUCGUGAUGAGGAGCAUCAGGGCGCCGUAGCUGCUGGCCGCGGCUCGUCAUUUGAAAGGGAGGACAGCGAGAAUGAGGUGCCGCAUGAGUUUCUGGUGGAGCAGCCCGGCACCAUGAGGAGUUAG